UUCACAUCAAGUGUCAACAAGAACUCCAUCUAAGCGUCUUCCAAUUUCAACAGAGGCAAACAUCGCUUUGUCAAACGUCCACUAUUUUCACUCUCCAUAUUGGAUAUCGACAAAUGUACCAUUCUCAAAGGAUUUAUCUUGUGUUUUCAUUUGCAUGUUGUUGUUAUUUUGACGAAGCAACUUGCUUUUCCCUAGGACGUGGAGGCUGUCCUGUUGCUCCAUCAAAGCCAAAGUGUAGUCUAUAACUUUUGGGGGGAUCCCAGAAUUGUUCUGAAGUUCCCGUUUUGGUGUUGAUUUUGGUCCAGCGCAAAGCUUUGUUUGCGGAGGUUUAGGAGACAUGACAGCUCUAGCCGGGGGCAUACCGAGAAUGAUGCGCCCGACACACCACCAGAACUACCCGCGGGGAGGCUACUCUCUGGAAGUCUCUACCCCGUUAGGCCAGGGCCGGGUGAAUCAACUCGGCGGAGUGUUUAUUAACGGCAGACCCUUGCCCAACCACAUUCGCCACAAGAUCGUGGAGAUGGCCCACCACGGCAUUCGACCCUGUGUCAUCUCCCGCCAGCUCCGAGUCUCCCACGGCUGCGUGUCCAAAAUCCUUUGCCGGUAUCAGGAGACCGGCUCCAUCAGGCCCGGGGCCAUCGGAGGCAGCAAACCGAAGCAGACAUCCACCCCAGACGUGGAUAAGAAGAUCGAGGAAUACAGGAGAGACAACCCGGGAAUGUUCAGCUGGGAAAUCAGGGAUACAUUACUCAAAGACGGCAUCUGCGACAGAAACAACGUCCCCUCAGUGAGUUCAAUCAGCCGCACCAUGCGUUGUAAAUUCGGGGGAGGUGCAGGAGAAGACGAGGAAGACGAUGAUGAAAUCGAGAAGAGGGAAUUGGAAGAGAACGAAAGAAGGGCGAAACACAGCAUUGACGGCAUCCUCGGGGAUAGAUCCAGCCACUCAGACGAGGGUUCGGAUGUGGACUCGGAGCCGGGCCUGCCACUGAAGAGGAAACAGCGUCGCAGUAGGACCACCUUUUCAGCCGAGCAGCUGGAGGAGCUGGAGAGAGCCUUUGAACGAACGCACUACCCAGAUAUAUACACCAGAGAAGAGCUAGCUCAGCGGGCCAAACUCACAGAGGCCAGAGUACAGGUGUGGUUCAGCAACAGGAGAGCCAGGUGGAGAAAACAGGCAGGAGCCAAUCAGCUGAUGGCAUUUAAUCACCUGAUCCCUGGCGGUUUCCCACCUUCGGCCAUGUCGAGUUUGCAGCCCUAUCAGCUGUCAGACAGCCCCUACCCUCCCACCUCCAUAUCACAAAUGUCAGAGCAGCCCAGUACGGUCCUCAGGCCUCAGCCCCUCCCCCCCACCUCGGUGCACCAGGGUGGGCUCAGCUCCUCAGCGGGGGCCCAGGACGGUAGUUCUGCCUACUGCCUGUCUUCUGGACGCCAUGGCUUCUCCGGCUACUCGGAAAGCUUCGUGCCUCCGUCCGGCCACUCCAACUCAGUCAACCCCAGCAUCAGCAAUGGUCUUUCACCACAGGUAAUGGGGCUGUUGAACCCAGGAGGAGUACCCCACCAGCCCAGCCACCAGAGUGACUUUGCCCUCUCUCCCCUGACCGGAGGGCUUGAGCCCGGGGUUGGCAUGGCGGCCAGCUGCCACGGCUCCCAACGGGGCUUGGAGGGUCUGCCAGGCCUGACCAGCAUGCCCAGCUCCCAGUCCUACUGCCCACCCACCUACAGCUCACCAGCCUACGCCAUGGAACACCACCCCUCCUACCAGUACGGACAGUACGGACAAAGCAAGGUGCCUUUCAUUAUCUGAAACCCCAACAUGGCCAGGAGUGGACGAGAUCUCUGGCCAACCUGACAGUACAACUCCGGAGAAAUCCCCCCCCCCCCCCCCCUGCCUAUUCCCUACCCAGCCCCUGAGGAGAAGGGACAACCCAGAGAAAUGGACGGAGGGGGGUUGUUUUGGGAUGGGGUACCCUGGUUGGGGAUGUGGGGGAGUCUCAAUGGGAUAAUCAGAACCAAAGGGGAGCCCUCUCCAGUUACCUGGCUCUCGCCCCACUCGCACUUCACGUCAUGCUCUGAAAACCAAGCACGCCUUGCUCUCCAUGCUUGAAGAGAGAAGGAGAAGAAGAGGAAGUAAGGCAGAGGAUAAAUGAAAAAAGGGUGAAUAAAACAAAAUUCACUCAGUCAAGAUUCUGCCUUUGAUUUGUAAUAAGUGGGAGAGAGUGGGAGAGGACUUGCAAGCUGUUUUUCUUCCAUGGAUGCGCCUUCGAGGCCAAUGUGAUGGGAGGAAAAUACGUUUUUAAGGCACGAUCCUGAGGCUAACGGUGAUCUAUCUAUGGACCUGCAAUAGGCACACCGCUCACUCAGCCACAAUGCUUUAUUUAUGGCACUCACAAUGUCUUAGGGAAAUGUCUUAUACUGUACACUGAUACUAUGUAUUUUUUUCACAUGAUUUGGGGAAAUGAAAUUGGUUCUAUCAGGAGAAGAAAAACCGCCAUCAAUUUGAUUCGUAACAUGACUGUAGGGUUAAAGUAAAGGUCUGGACAGUGGACUCAGUCUUUCACCCAUCUCGGUUGAUAGUAGAGAGACAGAGAGAUAGAGACAUACAGUCGUAGAUGGAAGCUGCUUCAACCCAAAGAAGUGCCUCAGAUGAAAUGAACUGACACAUCUCCUCAACUAGCCUUCUACAUUCUUUUUGUAAUCUAUAUUGUAUUGAGAAAAACAAAGAUAGCUGGGUUGCUUGCAGGGCAGUGCACAGACCUUUUGGGGGGCAUGUGCUCAAACAAAAAGUAGGGUGCCCCCUCAAAGAAAUUCCCGCAGCAGCUUCAAUUUUUACAAGAGGCGAAAGCAGCACAAUCUGAUGAGCAAAGUAUUUCUCGAAACUAUUUUGAACUGGAAUUAAUGCUGCACUUAUUAAAAUUAAUGACCCACACAAUUCCAGUCAAAAUAGAAUAUGGUAAGAAAUACUGUUGCCUACCGUUACUAAAUCCAAAACAACUCCAUUUGUUGCCACGAUCAUGUAUCCCAGGGUUUUUCAUAUUCGUUGACCCGCGACCCCCAAAAAGGAGUGGUCAGCCUACAAAACAUGUAAACCCCAGCGCACGCACAUGCACGUGUGCGCAAAUGUAGCAUGUCAUUACAGUCACUUCUCUGGAGUCCAGAGCAAGCAAAGUCAAACGGCCUACUUGUAGAGGAGGUUGCAGGAUCGUAUGGAAAAUGAUGUCACUUUGGUGGGCAACCUGCCUGCAAAGUGCUUGUUGUCAGCCCUGUAGCCUGGUUCUUCGUUACAACUAUUGUAACAAAUUCACCAGAAAAUAUUACAUCUUCACUCCAUAAUAUUGAAAGCAGUGCGACGUUACAGCUGCUUAUCUUUAGACAUAUAGCCAGCAGUAGCCACCCAAAUUAGCCCUAUCUGAAAUUUGGAAAUUACCAAUCAAAUCGCCACCUAGCCUAUUGUUCGGGCAAAUAUGUGUCCAUAGUAGAUUGCUAAACUGUAUUUUAUAUGGAUGAUAAACGUAGGCCUACUCUGUAUUUGGCACGUAGAAUUGGAGGAAAUGAAACAAGUGUUCUGGUCAUUCAUCUGGAUAUGCGCGCCUGCCUUUGCGCGCCAAUGCUGAUUGAUGACUGGUCAUUGGUCAAAAAUCAAGAAGCACAACUUUUUGGUUCUGAAGCAUAGAUGAGAAUUUACCACCGAUUUGAGCGCACUCAGAACAACAACGACAAAAAAUGUAUACAAAAAGAAUAAUAUAUGCCACCACUGAAAAGGGCACUUUGGAGACUGGAAGGCUCAGAUCACUUUUAAAGCAAUAAGAAUCCUAACACAAGAUCCAUGCAUGUACAGGUAACUUUUUGCAGAUGGGAGAUUUGAGUAUAAAUCUGAGUUAUAUACACUCAAGUUAAGAUUCUGCCCGUACAGAUCUGGGACCAGGCUACCAGUCACAUAGUCCAGUCAAGUGUUAAUUGGACCUGAUGAAACAUACCACUUCUGUUCAUUUAGUAUUUAUUCAGUCCACCUCUGUUAGUAUCCCUGAUCUUAAUACUCAGUGGUGCUGGUGCUGACCCAUAAAUCUUAAACAGCAGAUCUAGGAUCUUAAACACAGGAAAUUGUAGGUUAUUUUUGUUUUUUAAAAGGCUUCUGAAGUUUAUAAUUUCCACUUUGAAACUUCAGACUUGUUUUUCAUUACGAAAAAUGAAUCAACCCCUACAUAAAUGUCUAUUCAUUAUAAUCCACAUAAUAAUUCACAUUUGCAGUUGCUGCAGCAGUAUUUUCCCACUGUAUCAAACUGGCUCAAAUUAAGAUCCUACAUCUGUACACCUAUAUUUUUCUGCCUCGUUUCUUUUGUAAACAUAUAUAAUUUUCAUUUAUGACUGCAUAAAAUGAUUUUGGUUGGAAUAUGUCUUGUCAAAUGCAGCACUAUUUACUAUUUAUAAUAAAAUAAAAUAAAAAAUG